AUGAUUCGUGCCGAUUAUGUUUCUUGCCGUGAAUUCAUGCUGCAGCUGAACAUCCAAGCAUCACGCUUCAACUAUGGUGAUCGCCUGGAAGAACAAAUGUGUGACCGCCUGGUGGCAGGCAUCAAUAAUCUGACUCUUCGACGGAAGUUGCUGGAGAAGAAAGAUUUGACUUUUGCCGAUGCCCGCAAGAUCUGGGAGAAAAAACGACUACCUGAUGAAAACUAG